UCUCUCACAGACUCUCACACGGCUGAUCCGAUCCUGCCAUUCCACUACACACACACACACACACACACACACUGAAGAUUAGAGCCGGAGUGUAACUGCAGGAGGAGAAACACAACCUGCUCCGGAAACUUCAAAGAAACUCACAACUCUGAGAUCAAAGGCGCUUCACAACUUCUUCACUUUUUAAAAUAUUUUUUAUAAUUUCACUUUUUUUUGUUCCACUUUGUGGCCGUGUGUGAGGAAGGGAAUUUACCUCACUGUGUGUGUACGCACUUGGACUUUGGACUAGGAGACUCAGUAUUAAAGAGCAACAGCUCAUUAUCAGUUUAUCUAUCAGUUACGGAAGGAGUCUCCAGUGUCAGCGCUGUGUAACAGCCAGAGGUCAGAGAUGGGAAGAUGGGCGUGGCACCUCAGUGUGGUAUUUCUCUCUCUCACCCUGAUUGGUCAUCAUGUCAUCAGUGCCAAUCGCUGUGCAGCGAGUAAAGCCACCAGCUGUUCUGUGUGUCUGCAGACUGGAUUCGGCUGCGCAUACUGUCGUGAUGAGGUCUUUGGGUUUGAUCGCUGUGACCUGCUGGAGAACCUGAAAUCUCACAGCUGUGCUCUGAUCGUAUCGGUGAAGAGCUCCAUGAAAAUGUUGAAGAAAAUUGCGAUUGAUAAGAACCUGAAACACUCCCAAGUGGCUCCUCAGGAGAUGACUAUGACUCUGUUACCUGGUGAGGAGCGAGUGGUGGAGAUGGAGGUGUUCGAGCCAUCGCGCGGUCCGCUCGACCUCUACAUCCUCAUGGACUUCUCCAACUCCAUGUCUGAUGAUCUGGACAACCUCAAGAAGAUGGGGGACAGCCUCGCUACGUUGGUUGGGACUCUCUCUGAUGAUUACACAAUUGGAUUCGGCAAAUUUGUUGAUAAAGUCACUGAACCGCAGACAGACAUGAGACCAUCAAAGUUGAAGGAGCCGUGGACGAACAGUGACCCUCCGUUCUCCUUCCAGCACGUCAUCACUCUCACCAGUAACCUCAACACCUUCAAAGAGAUCCUGCAGAAGGAGAGAAUAUCUGGCAACCUGGACGCACCUGAGGGGGGAUUCGACGCCAUCCUGCAGGCAGCCGUGUGUCAGUCUCAGAUCGGGUGGAGGCAGCACAGCACCCAUCUCCUCGUCUUCUCCACCGAGUCGGCGUUUCAUUACGAAGCGGACGGCAUAAACGUGUUGGCGGGAAUUUUGCCACGGAACGACGAGGCGUGUCACCUGGACAAUAAGGGUCUGUACACGCACGCCACGCAGCAGGAUUACCCAUCAGUCCCCACUCUGGUGCGGCUGCUCGUCCAGAACAACAUCAUCCCCAUCUUCGCCAUCACCAACCACUCGCUCUCCUACUACGAGAAACUGGUUCCGUAUUUCCCCAUCGCGGAGCUCGGAGUGCUGACAGACGAUUCGUCCAACAUCCUCAACAUCAUCAAGAUCGCCUUCGAUAAUAUCCGUUCGAAGAUCAGCAUCCAGGCUGAGAAUAAACCCAGAGCGAUCGGUGCUCAGAUGCUCUCAGCGGCCGGAGUCGCGUCAGAUUACGGAAACUUCUCCAUCCAGCCGGGAGAAAUUGGUAAAUUUAAACUGCUUCUGAACGCUAAGACGAGUGUGAAUGAUAAACCCGUGUGCAACCUGAACACCAACGAACGCACGGGGACGAUCAGGGUCAAACCCACCACGUUUAGCUCCGCCCUCGAGAUACAAACCUCCGUCCUCUGUGAAACCUGCGAGUGUGAAAAUUUUCCAGAAGAGAAUGCAGCUCGGUGUAGCGGUAACGGAAAGCUGGUGUGUGGAACCUGCCACUGUUAUGAUAAAUGGUUGGGUCCGUUCUGUAACUGCUCGUCUCAGGUGUCCUCAGAUACGAGCGGGUGUGUGGAGAAGACGGGGGAGGAGCCGUGUAACGGGAGAGGAGACUGUCUGUGUGGAAUGUGUCUGUGUUACAACCCCAAUCAGUACGAAGGACAGUUCUGUCAGUUCGACAGAUCACAGUGCCACAGAUCAGGAGGAUUCCUCUGUAACGAUCGAGGCCAGUGCUAUAUGGGGAAGUGUGCGUGUGAUAGUGGAUGGACAGGAGAUGCAUGCGAGUGUCCUCUCAGUAAUGCGACCUGUCUGGACAACAAAGGGGGUUUGUGUAAUGGUCAUGGUAUGUGUAAAUGUGGACGGUGUGAGUGCGAAUACUCCGGACUAGAGCUGGGAACAACAUGUGAACCAAACUUCCAGGCUCAGUUGGGGAUGUGUGAAGGCAGGAGGAGUUGUGUACAGUGCCAGGCCUGGAAGACCGGAGAGAUGAAAGGAGAGAAGUGCAAGGACUGUCCAUUUACCAUCAAGAUGGUGGACGAGCUGAAGGACAGAGAUAAAGUGAUAGAGACCUGUGAGUAUCGUGAUGAAGAAGAUGACUGCACGUAUUACUACACGGUGAAUUAUCCUCCUAAUCCUACUGAUAAAGAACACGAGGUGGAGGUGCUCAAGAAGAAAGAGUGUCCUCCUGGAGGUUUUCUCUGGUUGAUUCCUCUCAUCAUGUUCCUGAUGCUGUUGUUGGGCCUCUUACUGCUCUGCUGCUGGAAAUACUGCGCAUGCUGCAAGGCAUGUUUGGCUCGGCUGUUUGCCUGCUGUCCGUGCUGUGCGAUGGGUCGUAUGGUGGGAUUUAAAGAAGAUCACUACAUGCUGCGUCAGUCUUUACUGAGCUCGGAUCACUUGGACACGCCGCUGGUUCGGACCGGGCCGCCUAAGAGCACAGACGUGGUGCGCUGGAAAGUGAAAGACAACAUCCACCGUGGACCGAACCACCCUCAGAACCAGAUCCAACCCAACCCCAAAGAAAUCAUCGACUUCCCGCUCUCACUGCGGCUCCACAGACCGUUUUCUGACGAACUUUCACGUCCAGAAGGUCGCAACACUGAAAUCCUCAAACAGGAAGUGGAGGAAAAUCUGAAUAACGCAUUCAGACAAAUUCCCGGUGUUCACCGCGUGCAGAAAACCAGAUUCAGGACACAGAGAAAUGCAGGAAAGAGGCAGAACAACACAAUCGUGGACACGGUUCUCUCGGCUCCUCGUUCCAGCUACCGCGACAUCGUUAACCUGACGGAUAAACAGGUGCAGGCUGGGAAUUUCAGCGAUAUGAAAGUAGUGCCGGGUUACUACACAGUGGCCACGGACAGAGAGGCGACGGGGGCGGUGGAGCUGCAGGAGGGCGUGGAGUCUGUGGAUGUUCGGGUUCCGCUCUUCAUCAAAGAUGAGGAUGAUGAUAAGAAACAGCUGCUGGUGGAGGCCAUCGACGUUCCGGUGGGAAUCGCAGGCAUCGGAAAACGCUACGUCAACAUCACAGUGAUUAAAGAACACGCUAAGAGCGUUCUGACCUUCCUUCAGCCCUCGUACACUUUUGCUCGGCAAGAUGGCGUAGCUAACAUCCCGAUUAGCCGUGACAUCAUUGAGGACGGUCGCACUCAGGUCACCUACUGCACCAGAGACCUCACCGCCAAGGACAAGAAGGACUACAUCUCAGUAGACGGAGAUCUGAUGUACCAGCCUGGAGAAACUCAGAAGAUGGUUCCUGUGAAACUGCUGGAGCUCGGGGAAGGAGACGCCCUGUUGGAUAAACAGUCCAAACAGUUUGUGAUGGAUCUGAGCAACCCACGUCAGGGCGCUAAACUCGGCAAAUACCCGCGAACCACCAUCAACAUCGCCGACAAACCAGAUCCGAGCGUGAUCAUGUUCAAGAACACCACGCAGAACUUCAGCAUAUCCGACGCGCUCUACAACAUCCCUGUGAUCCGCACUCAGGGUCUGGAAAACCCCUCCACCGUUAACUGGCGCACAAUCUCCUCCCGCUUCAACCUGUCCGGCCCAGUCAAGUUCGCCCCAGGAGAUAUGGAGAAGAACAUCGUGAUCGACCCUCGUAUGCAGCAGAUUCCCUCCAAACCAGAAACCUUCCAGCUCGAGCUGUAUGACCCGAGCCCUAAUAGCCUCGUCCGAGACAGGAAGACCACGCUGGUCAACAUCACUGAUUCCAAAGAUGUCUUGACCAAGACAGGAUCUCUUUCAUUUAAAGCCCCGUCUCCCACUGGACGGAUCUUUGCUCCGACUAACAUCAAUGCUACAGCUACAGGCCCUAAAAAGAUCCUCCUUAACUGGAACCCUCAGUCUGGAGCCAAAGGAUAUAAGGUUAAGUAUUGGAUCUACGGAGACCCCGAAGCUGAAGCCCAGGUGGUGGACGUUAAAAGCCCUCAUGCUGAAUUGACGAAUCUCUACCCGUACUGCGAUUACGAGAUGCGUGUGUGUUCAUAUAAUGCUCAGGGAGACGGGGACUACAGUGACAUCGUGCCGUGUCAGACUCUUGAAGAUGUCCCAAGUGAACCAGGCCGCCUGGCCUUCAAUGUCAUUGGCCCAACUGUCACGCAACUGAGCUGGGCAGAACCAGCAGAGCCCAAUGGUGUGAUCACAGAUUAUGAGGUCGUCUACACACCCAUCAAUGAGGACAGCAAACCCAUUGGACCUGAUAAGAAGGUGAAGAUUGACAACCCCAAGAAGCGCAUGUUGCUUAUUGAGAACCUGCAGCAGUCCCAGACAUACCGCUACAAAGUGCGUGCUAGCAACAAGGUGGGAUGGGGGCCAUACAGAGAUGCCACCAUCAAUCUGGCAACCCAACCUCACAGACCCAUGUCCAUUCCCAUUAUUCCUGAUAUUCCUAUUGUGGAUGCAGAGGCGGGGGAUGAUUAUGACAGUUUUCUCAUGUACAGUAAUGAAGUUCUUCGUUCACCCACCUCCAGCACCAGACCCAGCGUGUCAGAGUUCUCCGAAGACCAGAACAUAAAUGGAAAGUGGGAUCAAGGGUUCCUGUUCCCAGGAGGAAGUGGUUCCCUGUCACGCAACAUCAGCACUUCUUCAACUAGCUACAGUGUCUCACCCCGCCCUGGUGGUGCCAACCAGUCAGUGGAGACCAAUAUGACUUACAUAACCAACAAAGGAGGAUCUGUGCCUCGCAAGCAUGACAUCCACACAGACGACGUGAUCAUGAGAAAACGAUCCGAAAACAGGACUUAUUAUGAUAAUGAUGGUGUAAGAGACUCCAUUGUGAUGAGCGACUUGACUGGAGGAUUCUCUGACAUUCUAAGCGGUUCUAGCUUCAGCCAGACUACAACCAGCUACAGCCUGAACUCCCGCGUUCACAAUCACUCAGACGACAUCAACGAAGCUCUGCAGAACCUGGACAGGGUUCUCCAGGAUACUCGGCUGCAACGUGGAGUCCCUGAAACCCCAAGCAGGCUGGUGUUUUCAGCUCUGGGUCCCACGGCACUGAAGGUCAGCUGGCAGGAGCCCCACUGUGAAAAGCCAAUAUUAAAAUACUCUGUCCUCUACCAGCUUCUCAGUGGAGGUGAAAUGAAGCGCUUGGACAUCACUAACCCUGCGCAGAACUCUGUGGUGGUUCAGGACUUAAUGCCCAACCAGUCGUACCUGUUCAAGGUAAAAGCUGAGAGUCAGGAGGGUUGGGGUCCAGAGAGAGAAGGAGUCAUCACCAUUGAGUCUGCUGUCGACCCCAAGAGCCCCCUCAGCCCUGUGCCAGGGUCUUCAUUCACUCUGAGCACACCCAGUGCUCCAGGUCCGCUGGUGUUCACCGCAUUAAGUCCAGAGACUCUCCAGCUCAGCUGGGAUAAACCACGAAAACCCAACGGCGAGAUCUUGGGCUACGUGGUCACCUGUGAACAGCUGCACGGUGGAGGAGAUCAGCGCUCCUUCCAGCUCAGCGGGAACUCGGCCACGUCUCUGACCGUUUCUGAUCUGAGUGAAAAUGUGCCGUAUAAAUUUAAAGUACAGGCUCAGACCACGCAGGGCUUCGGGCCGGAGAGAGAGGGGAUCAUCACUAUCGAGUCUCAGGAUGGUUCUAUGGGUCAGUACAGCAGUCAGUCUGUGAUGAAGAGAGAAAUGUUUAAUUUGCCAUCACAGAACUCGUCACAGACAACACACACCAUGUUCACCGAACCCUUUAUCACACCAGAAGGUAUGAUGAUGUCGAGCAGACAGGUCACACAGCACACGGAGAUGAGUGGUAGCAUCACGCGGCAGGUGGAGAUGGUGCAGAGAGGAGUGACGUCCACCGUCACCAAGAAACAAUAUUAUGAAGCCUGAACACGGAUAACACGCUAACCUGGUGUGUUCAGUAACACACACACACACACACACACACACACACACACACACACACACACACACACAUACACACCUGAACAUCAUCUGUGUACUGGUAUGAACACGAGUAUAACAGUGAGAAUGACUGAAACACAUUCACACCAGAACCAUGUGUGUGUGAAAUACAGAAACUGCACACGUACACGGCGAUAUUUAGCUUCAGUAUUGAAAUUUUACAGAAGCCCUGAACUGGAAAACCAUGCUGAAGUGCAAUGUCCUUAUUCUGACAUAAACAACAUACGGUGUUAAACAUUAAGUCAAAAUACGUUAUUAAGCUGAAAUAAUAUCUUGAAAUAACAAGUUAGUACGUAACGAAGUCAAAAUAAAGACGUAGUACUUCAGCUUUAAUAUGUUUUUUUGCUUCUGUAGUCAGUAAAGUCUCCAGUGUGGGAAUGUUCCUGAAACAGUUGGCUUUAAAAUACAGUGAUAUGGUCUGAGCAUUUUACAAUAAUAAUAAUAAUAAUAAUAAUAAUAAUAAUAAUAAUAAUUCACUUUACACUGCAAAACAUGUAUUGAAUGUAAACCGAAUGUUCUGUGCUUUAGUGUACACACGUAUACAUCCAUCUCACAUAUCUGCCUUUAGAUAUUUGAAUUAUUUUAGGGUUUGUUUGUUGUUUGUCUGUUUAUUAUCUACUUUUUUUACGUUAUAUUGAUGAACAUGAUGAAUUAUGAAUUAUACGUAUUAAGUUAACGCUCCAGUAAAAGUUUGGAGUUAAAAAAAAAGUAGAUUAGCACCGCCAUCUGCUAGGCCUUUCACUGUACGGCCAAUCAGAGACCAUAAUUUCAUCACGUGACUAUUUUCAGGCGGGGGGGGAUUCAACUAGGCCACUAUUCCACAUAUACCUAACAUAAAGCACUUUUAAAAUCAUAUUUUUUUUUAUAAACCAGUCAGUAAAGUUAUUAUGCUGAAAUAAUAGUAAAAUUAUUCGACAGCUACAAUUUUAAAUUAAUUUACUUAUGCUAACAGCUAACCGAGAAGCUCUAGCUAGUUAACCUUAGCUUGCUAGCCAAUUUAUUAGUCAUUACACAUCUCCAUUUAUUUAUUUCUCAUUCAAUUAUAAUUUAAAAAAAAACGUUCUUAAUAUACCUUCAGUGACAUGAUUCCAUAAUAGAUCUCUUUUUAUUCUCAUAAUUCUGAUGUAAAUUCUGCCAAACUGCAGCUAGUUAGCCUGUUAGCUGCAGCUAGCGCAUUGAAAUCGUAGAAUCCCAUCAUGAACUUGUUCAUUUUUAUUCUUAUUUUUCUUUUACAACUAAAAAUAUAGUUUUCCAACAAUAACUGCUGGUGGUGUUGAAUGAAAAGUGUCAUUUAUGAGCUGCAUCAGGAUCUUCUCUUGAAAAAUGUCUUUACCAAAGUAUCAAAAUCUGUAUUAUUUUAACUUUAUUUCAUUUUACUGUUUGCAUGUUUAUUAUUAUAUUUUUACUGUCCAUUUUCAUCAUAUUACAAACAGCUUGAGUCUCGGUUACAUAAAAACAGUAAUAUACUGAUUAAACUGCAGGUUAUUGUUUUUGCAUGUUGUAAAUAUGUUACUGAAAUUUGGAUUUAAAAUGUUUUUGUUUUUUGUUUUUUACACACAACACUACAUUACUCUGGGGAAACAUGACUCUGUCUGUCAAUAUUUUAACUAUUAUACUGUACUAUUUUGAAAAAUAUAUUUGUAUAUUAAAUAUGAGGAUGAACACUUUGGGUUUUUUAAUGUGACCAAAUCAGCAAACUUUUCACUUUAGAUUCAGUUUCAUUCGUUAAUCACGACAGAUUUCCAUUUAAUAAACAAUAAAAAAUAAUUGGUUAAUAAA